CCUCAGCCGAGUGCAGAGGUCGGGUUUGGACCCCGACAUGCCAACCCUGCAGCUGCGUGUGGGGAGCCGUUCGGAUUCAUCCCUCUGUUGUUUUCUAUCUGCGUUUGAAAUAAUUCAACGGUGCAAUGGAGAACGAUAUUUUGGACUCGUUAGAGGAUCUAGGUUAUAAAGGUCCACUGCUCGAAGAUGGCGCCCUGGAUGAAGCAGUAACUGGAGGAGCAUCCUCACCAGAAUUUACAAAACUCUGUGCCUGGCUUGUUUCUGAAUUAAAGUUGUACUGUAAGCUAGAAGAGAAUGUUCAAGCAACAAAUAGUCCUAAUGAAUCAGAAGGUUUCCAGCUAGAGAUGAGUGGUUUGCUGUCUGAGAUGAUGUGUCCUUAUUCAGUUCUUACAUCAGGAGAUGUCACAAAACGCCUUCUAAAUAAGAACAACUGUCUUUUGCUACUUACUUACUUAAUUUCUGAACUGGAGGCUACAAAAAUGAUUCAUGUGAAUAAGCCAACAAAAGCCCCCCAACAGCAAGGUAGUGAGGUCUUCAAUGAACUUAAGGGGAUUUGUAUGGGCUUGGGCAUGUCCAAACCUCCUGCCAACAUUACCAUGUUUCAGUUCUUCAGUGGAAUUGAGAAAAAGUUGAAAGAAGCUUUGUCGAAAGUUCCCCAAAAUCAUGUUGGAAAACCUUUGAUGAAGAAGCCACUUGGUCCAAUUCACUGGGAAAAAGUUGAAGCUAUUAACCAAGCACUAGUUAAUGAAUAUGAUGUUAGAAGAAAAAUGUUACUGAAACGUCUUGAUGUAACAGUGCAGUCAUUUGGCUGGUCUGAAAAAGCCAAGGUGCAUACUGAAAAGUUGGCUAAAGUAUAUCAACCAAAAAGAGCAGCUCUUGGUGCAAAAAGUAGUAUUUCAGUUGCCAACCUGUUUGCAGCUCGGGAAGACCUGUCCAAAAUAUUGAGAACCAGCAGUGGGAGGACGCGGGAAAAAACAGCUUGUGCAAUCAACAAGGUACUUAUGGGUAGAGUACCAGAUCGAGGAGGACGGCCCAAUGAGAUUGAGCCCCCCCCUCCUGAGAUGCCACCCUGGCAAAAGAGACAAGAUGGACCACAGCAGUUUGGGGGAGGAGGAAGAGGUGGAGGAGGCAGGGGAGGCUACGACGGCCAGUCCCAUGGAGGCAGGGGAGGCUACGACGGCCAGUCCCAUGGAGGAAGGGGAGGCUACGACGGCCAGUCCCACGGAGGCAGGGGAGGCUACGACGGCCAGUCCCACGGAGGCAGAGGAGGCUACGACGGCCAGUCCCACGGAGGCAGGGGAGGCUACGACGGCCAGUCCCAUGGAGGCAGGGGAGGCUACGAUGGCCAGUCUCGAGGAGGCAGGGGAGGCUACGACGGCCAGUCUCGCGGAGGCAGAGGAGGCUACGAUGGCCAGUCCCAUGGAGGCAGGGGAGGCUAUGAUUAUCAGUCUCGUGGGGGCAGAGGUGGAGGUGGGAGAGGAGGAAAAGUGCAAGGUGGCUGGUCAGAAGGGGGUGGAGGUGGUGGCUACCAGGAGAGAGGAGGGGGCUACUCAAGUGGCGGUUAUCAGGGUGGGUUUCAGUCACAUACGUAUCAGGAUAAUGGAUACCAGGGAGGUGGAGGGGGUUUUCAUAGUGGUAGUGGUUACCAGCAGGAUAACCGGUACCAGGAUGGCAGUUCACAAGAGAGAGGUGGACGAGGUGGGAGGGGUGGAAGAGGCAGUGGUAAUCGGGGAGGCCAGGGAGGUGGCUGGGGUGGCAGAGGAGGUCAGAACUACAACCAAGGCGGUCAAUUUGAGCAGUACUUUCAACAAGGUGGAUAUCAGUAUAAUCAGGCAGGAUUUGGUCAAGGAAGACAUUAUACCAGUUGAGUUGAGAAUCCUGCUAUUACAGCAGAGCUCGGGCAUAUGCACUUGGUGGCUGAUGAGAAGAGUUUAAACAAAAAAAAAAAAAAAAAAAAAAGCCUUACUGGUUUCGGAAAUGUGUACACAGCAGGAUGGCUGUCCGGGAAGAAGCUUUAGAGAACUAUUGCAUUUGAUUCAUUAUCGUGUUUCUGCAGCACUUUUUUGUUGUCCUUAAAUGUGUCUGGCAUUGGAAUAUGACGGGGAUGCGCAGACAGAACAUCUAUGCAAUUUUGGAUUCUUAACUUGUUUUGUUUCAGUGCCAUCUCCAUUUAUUGUUGUCACAAUUUUUCUUUUUUUUUUUUUUGUUUUGGAAAAAAGAGUUACUACUUUCACAACUAUUAUUCCUCAACCUUUUUCUGUGCUAAUGAAAGCAAUAGAAGGAGGAUUAUUACAAGGGUCCGUACCAUUCUGUGAAUCUACAGUGGAAGCUCUGUUGUAAAUACUGAAGAAACACUUGAAUAGCCUUAAUUCAAUAUGGUUCAAGAAUUAAUUGGAAAUUGAUAAAGAUGGUGAUGUUAAGACAAUUGAAAUGCUACUUUGGUUUUCUUGAAUGAUGUUUGGCUCUAUCCACAUCCUAAGUUGUAUGCCAAUGUCUCUAAUAAGCAACAUUUAACAAAAUCUGCAAGAGAAAAGACAUCUGUGUGUAAUCUCAAUGAGAAGCCUAACAGUCAACCUUGUGCUGGGAUUGGGGAAUGGGCAUCAGUGCAUUUUAUUUUAUUUACUUCAGGCAUUAGUUUACACUCUUGGCUGAGUAGAAAGAUUUAA